GUUACGAAUAGCGCGGGUAGCGUUAUGAAGUAAGCAACGGCGAAGACGUUGAAAGACCGAAGUGCCGAAAGGCUAACAAAGAAGGCCACUACAGCCACUGAUACACACUUAGUACGACGCCUGCAACCACGAACGGUGCUACUAGCAUAGAUGAUGAAAAGAAACCAGAUAUCGACGCUUUGGCCGCAACUAGAGUAAAGCGAGGUUCAACGACGAAACGCGGUACGGGCCUAUGAAACUAGUUCCCACUUUAAAGUGAACGAAAGUCAAGCGAGAUUAAGUCAACGAUAAAUUGUACAGUGAAGAUUUCAAGUGUCGGCUGUGCACGAGAAGUGGUGCGAAGUGGAACCUGUAGAAGCUAGCUUGAAGGGUGAAGUCUUCUCGAGCCUUUCGCGGCUUUCGUUAAGUGCGAGUACAAAAAGUCAAUUUGAAAGGGGUGCGAAAGUGAUUGUGAAUAUCGGUGCGAGGCGGGACUGGGGCCGUUCGUGAGUGAAGUACAUCGAGUACAAACUACGCUGAGCUAUAAGUGGGAACGGUGUCCUGAGAUAACCCCUUCGAAACCUACUGCACCUGAAGGACUAUAUACAACAAAGUUCCUGCUGGCUGUAGUUAACAAAACAACAUCUGUGCAUAGACCUACGCAGAACAAAUUUACUGGAUAGAUGCCAUACAUAUAAGAUAGGCGUGUUGCAGAUCUAGUUUUUCUGUAAGAAGAAGAAAAAUAUCCUCCAAUAAUAGUGACAUUUCUGUUCAGUGUGCCCUCAAGGGAUACGUGUUCGUGAGGACCAACGUCAACAGACAUGAUCAACGGAUAGACGUUGUGCAGGUUUGGAGGUAGCCUCCGACGAACCCCUUACAAUAGGAUGGCGCCUACAUCUGGCGUCGGUGUCGGGCUGUGCGCGAGUCGUCAUAGGCUUCUCGCAGUACGAGAAAAAGGCAAAAAAAUUGUUAAUGUAGUGAUUAAGGAUGAUACUUGUGCCAACUACGAUGGGCGUGCGCGACGAAUGAAGAUCGCCGCCGAAGAAACGCGUCCCCUUCAGACGGGGGACACUGGACGCCUAUUAGGCGCAGCAACACUAGUCUUCUUUUUUUUGCUGCUUCAAACAGCCUUAACUGAGUCAGUCGUAGACUCAACGCAACACCCUUUUACGUUAAGUACGUUCGUAGUUCCGCCCGCAACGACGACGAUAAAGUCCACGUCGGAAGUUAGUCCCAGUCAAGCAGUAUACGUUCCGGACUUUCCGACCACUGGCAACGACCUAGACGCAGAAGUACUUCAGAACUCGACCGAGGCAUCAACCGCCGGCGAUAGCAGCGCUGCUGAAACGCAGCCAACAACGAAGCGACCCGCGCCCGUCCUCUACCGGCACGGAAAAAUCCUUGAAGUCCCGCAAGCAGGACAGGAUACUGCGGCGAAAAAAGUUCAAGCGUUACGACCUCAUCGACUGGGCCUGUACCCAACGGAGUUAGGACCGGUAUUCGAGCCUAGUAGUUCAUCUGAGGAGCUCACGCCCGUGCUGCCAUCGUUAUCAAUGGAAACAUUUAUGGCAUUCGAGCCCAUUUCUAGCUCCCCUAUUGAAGCCGUCUCGAUAACAACGAUCAAUCCUGAGGACGUUCGCCUUACGCGAACAGUAAGCACGCCACUUCCAGUCACUCAGGUACCCGUCGCUCCAUCGAAAACUUCUAACGGAGUGCAAAAGACGGUAACGCUAUUUGGUUUUGUUGACUUCACUACGUCACUCUCUGGCACGAAAAUCAUUUUCAAGCCUACAGCUACACGGCGUGCCGAAAGUCCACAGGAAAUGAUGGCCCCACCUGCUCCUGCAUCCCAGCAAGACUUCGGACACCUGUUCAAGAGCUCAUCGCUUGAAUCGUUGCGGCCUACUAAACCUCUGAAACAGGAAACAACAUCUGAAAAAAAAUUCACCAUAAUUUCACCAAAGAGCAUCCCGUCGGUACAUCCAUCGGCGACAAAAACCGACCGGUACAAGACUGGUCUUGUGAAAUCCAAGUCUGGAACAACAGUCAUUGAUGGCGUCACGACUGAAUUCACUACCCUUGUAUAUGGAACCUUUAUACAGGGAAGCUACGCUCACGUGAUUCGGAGUACGUCCUCGAUUUAUGUAACACCUACGAGCAUUCCAGAUGCAUCCACCGUGACGAUGAUUGGAUCCGAAACCUCUAUAGCUUCGCUUGGCCGUCCACUGCUCGUUUCUGAUGCGCACAACGAAAGCAACCUCAUGAACUCGGGUAGCGUUGUAAUCACUGACGCAAGCCUGAGUCAGGCGGUACCAUCUGCUGUCAUUAUUACGGAAGGCUUCAUUUUGCCGCCCGGAGCUGCUCCACCAGCUUCAAACUCGGUCGCCUCCGAAAUUUCGCCCACUUCGACCUUAGUGACCGAGCCAGCAUUUAUUACCAGUGAUUUUAUCUUACCAAUCGAUAAAUUAAUUAUGGACAAACUUCCGACAGAAGAUGUGGUUACCUCGUCCAGCACCCUCAUCGCAAAAGAAAGCGCAGAGAAAGACGAUGCGUCCCGUGUUUUGUCAUCAAGCCCCAUCCUGAGUGCCGCCCAUUUAUCGAUGUUAUCGAAAAUUCCGGCCUUCGAAGAGCCCUCACAAUCAAUGACGAUCGAGUACGUGGCGCCAAAACGUGCUUCUGAGAGUGCGAUCGCUUCUGACGUCGAGCCAACCUCAACUACAAUGUUCACGACGUAUACCCACUUCACCACGAUGUACAACAACGGAGUCGCGAGUAUUCUCAGCAAUCACGAAAUCCUAUCCAACGUCCACACAAUGAUGCCGCGUCCGAGUACUUCAGAAGACAUUUCUGCCCAAGAGCAAGUACCCAGUAGCAGUAUAGGAGCAAGUGAAAAUCUACGUCACAUGAUCCUAAUUGUAUCACCCAGCAGCUCUCUAAAAGAAGUCGCCACCGCUGACGAAAACACGAGGAGCGAGACUCCGUUGCUGCCGACCGUUGCACUCAACUCGACUUUCCUUCUGAGCACCAGUUCUGCUCCAGACUCGUCAAAAUCGCCACAGGAUGCUACGAAGAUCGAAACACCCACAGCAGAGACGCUAACGCCUAGCGUCGAUUUCAGCAGCUCCUACGAUUAUACCACGUACACGUAUUACACCACCUUUAUCCGUAAGGGUACGACAUCGAUUACUAGCCGAACUUCGGUGGUGAGCAAUCUUUAUGCGGUAACGGCGCCCGCCUCUAUAGAGCCGACGUCCAGUGUCCAGAUAACGGAAGCCGUCACCUCGACAUACUUCACUACGUACACAUACUAUACAACAUUCUUCAGGCGUGGCUUGUCCCGUAUCAGGAGUCGCGAGAAGGUGGAAACCAACCUGGUCACGAUCUUCCCGGCCAGCACAAUCACGGCUACCACUGAGGUGCUGACUCCAAUAACGAUUUAUAAGGACCGGUCACCCGUUGUCAGUUUCGCUAAAGUGCCUAAGGUGUAUCUGAGUACCGCCGAUGAGAGCACAGAAACCAAUCGCGUCGAGCCCUCCGCAAUUAAGGUUACGACGACCUUUACGUUCUUUUCAACAACAACGGAUCCGCUCGGCCGAGAGCUCAUCUCGACUUCGUACUCGACGCAAGAAGGGACUUUGAAGGUUGACGAUACACAGAUUAUGCCGACAAAGCGUCUUCGGACAGACUUCACGACCUUCACGUAUUUCAGCACAACGACUCACGGGCUAGGAGACACCGAAAUCAAUAGUCGAACUGAGGUGAUAACUCGUUAUGUGCCUACGGAGAACGUGUCUGCGCGCAAGAAGCGCGACAUCCAGCAAAAGCUCGAAACGACUUUGACAGAUCUCGUCACGACGUUCAAUCAGGGACGACUAGUAAUUUCCACUAGACGACAAACGCUCACCCGCGGUACCCUGCAUAUCACUAACACAGUGGCGUUGCCGUCGGUGGCUACAGUGGCGCCGACAGCUGCGACGGAAGUCGUCGAGGAUGUCCAUAUCCGGGGCCAUGCCCCCCUCGAUCCACGGCCUGUCGACCAUACAUACUACACGACAUACACAUAUUAUACGACGACACUUAACCACGGCCUACCCGUAACUCAAACGAGAUAUGAAACUGUGACGCAGGUUCAACGCAUUAACGCGACAUUAGGGCUUCCCGCUGCCUUGGAUUACCGCGGCUCGGUUUUGUGUCAACAUUGUGCAGUUAAAAACGAUCUGCCCUGGGUCGUUGAUGGUUACGAGAAGAUAGCCCCGUCUACGAUCUACGACCAUGAGCAUCGAGAUGGUGGGCAUCACACAGCGUAUUCGACAUUGACCUUCUACACGACCCAUUAUCCUAGGGGAACAUCUUACGUCGAAACCCAUUACAGCGUCGUCACGAAUGUUGCUACUACCACGGUAACCCAUUAUAUGCCAGGACUUCAAGGCCCUGUCGCACCCUGCGCUAACCACCAUCAUACCACAUUCACCUAUUUCACAACAAGGUACUCUGGUCCGACGGCGACGGUCGAUGUCCAGAAAGAAACCGUCACCAAAUGUAACGAGCCCCCCGUGGUCGCCACAAGAACGGUUCUGGCCCAUGCCGUAGCUGAAGCGAGUCAGCCAGUGACUCAUGAUGUUCAUUCCGUCCACAGCGGAGUACGUGAAGACCAUCAAGAUCAUAUCCAUAGGCCUUGCACCGUCUGCCUGCCCGAUUAUGGCCUCAAAACAUAUUAUACGACCCACACACACUUCACUACAGUGCUCGAUAAGCACGGACAUCCUUCAGUGUCGACGAGAUAUGAAACGUACAGCGACAUUUUUGCCGGAGUUCGCCCAACGAGGACUCGCUAUGUUCGCCAGGCAACUAGUGAAAUUGCACCACAAAUGCGAAGACUGCUGUCAGACGCCGAACAAACUUCAACAGAGCCCGUGGUAGUCAUUUCGAUGUUAAAGACCGGCCUGAUUACGUCCUUUACCCAGGAUCGUGUCACGGCAAAUGUGACCACACGCUUUACAACGGCGAUAUCUGCUACCUAUAUCCGUGGAUUCUACGCACACAUAGCACAAACAUACUCCAACAUUCUAUCGUCAACGGUCAUUCUCAAUACAGGAACGAUCGCAACUACGGCGCCAGUCUAUCCUAGCACUUCGGCCUCUGGGACGUCGGCACCGGUUCUGCAGACGUCCACACCCGAGAGUUCUACCCCUACUAAGAGCAUUUCCAUCGAAACUGGUCUAUUAGUGUCGACUGGUUCUCCAACAGAAGACGGGUCAUCUAAACAGAACUUUACAGCUGGGGAAGCAAGCACUGAUUCUGUCCACGCUGCAGCGGUUUUCAGCGACUCACCCUUCUCGGCUUCACUCGUCGUAGCCGGCAGUUCCACGUCAGCCAGCUUAUUGAUGUCAUUCCUUUCCAUCCCAUCUCUGACACAUCCCACUGGUGUAAUUAGUUCAGAUAUUGUCGACUCCGUUGUGUCAUCAGGUACAACUACAGUGUGGCGCCGCAAUGUUAUCGGUACUUACAUCAAUGGAUUUUACGCUCAUGUCGCUUCCACGGUGACUGAAACGGUUCGACCCAAAGCAACCCAAAUGACUUUUACAUCCAGUAAAAUCUCGUUGCCUGCGGCUUCGUCAAAAGAAACGUCCAGCUCGACUUCAACGUCAACUCCCUCAACCCUGUCAACAGGUCUCCUUUCCUUGAAGGCGUUGGCUACAGAAAUGGCGAGCGGGAGAACUGUUGUCCUGUUUUCGGCAGUAUACGGAACUUACAUCGGUGGACAUUAUGCUCAGUAUGCUAAAAUUGAGAGAUCAACUAUAACGCAAACUACGGCUCGUGCUGUGGGUUUCACGACAGUAUCGAGCGGUGCGGUCACUCAACCUAGCGCUCUUAAUUCGAGAGUCUCAUCAGCUUUCACGACAAAGGCUUCGACCCAGUCUUUGCAAUCUGCGAGCGGUCCCGCAGUGGGUUUGAUCACGUCUACCACUACUCGGUUCACUCACAACAAUUGGAUUACUGUUCAAACUGUGUACACGAUCGGUACGUAUAUUCAAGGAUACUAUGCACAUAUCGCCAAAACGUCUUCAGCAGCCUUCCCAGUAACUGUCGAACAGAAUCCAUCAAAGUCAUUAACUCCAUCCACGCAGAUUGUUAACUCAGCCUGGGCUAGCACACCUGCUGCCGUACAGAUGGUUAUAGACCCAUCUCAGACAUUACUGAAUGCUGGGGCCGCUACAAUUGAUCCGUCUAUAGAACCUUCAGUGCCAUUUGCCACCCCUGUGCGAAGUUAUCAAACAAGUGCUGAGAUACCCGCUCAGACCGGCUCGUUUCUACAAGGUUCAACAGCUCAAGGCAUUGUAGAGUCUAUUCAAGCUCACCAGCGCACGCCUUCACUUUCAUCUGACGGAAUUUCCAAUAUUUUAUCGCCUGCUGGCGAAACCACACGUUCAAGUGGGUCGAGCACAACGAUAACGGCAUCGGCCACUUCCGCUGAUGAUGAUGAUGAUGAUGAUGAUCUUAAAACAGGAUUACUUUCUAGGUCUACUAUCGUUAAGAAUGUUAGCGGAGUCUUGUACAUGUUCACUUACGAUGUUACCGGAACAUUUAUCAACGGCUUUUAUGCGCAUAUUGCUAGAACACAAAGCUCUCUACUAGAGACGUCGCAAGCCGUUAGCGCAUCAAAGACGGAAAAGGUGAAAAGGCCUAUUGUUACAUUCCACAUCAGUGAACCUAACGAUCACAUAGAAAAUCAACUUUUCUUCGAUGAAUUAUCACAGGAGAUUAAAAAUAAGUUGGAGAAGUCACUUACUUUGGAAGAUGUCGAGGGUCGUUUCGAACUACCGAAAUCUGCAAGGAGGACAAGGCCAGUGUUUCCGAAACGGCGGCGGCAACCGGUAAGGCAGACCUCUUUGCCUGAGCCCAUCGAGAGUGAAGCGUCACCACCGGAAGAAGUCGCUGCUUCUGCUGACGACGAUUAUGAUUACGAUUAUGGGCGCAGUGAAGAGGAUCAGGAUCAACAUAUUGAGCCUGUACGCCCCCAACGAUUGGCUCGAGCCGGUAGUUACAACAGUCGUAAAAAUCGCCUCCAAUCAGAAGCCGACCCCAAGUCGAAUGUGCGGCCCACUGAGGCAAACAGAUCGAUCAAAGCUACUCGACCUGCUCUGCUCGCGAGACGUCGAAAGACCGAUUCUGUACAAACGGCUGAAUCUUCUCGCAGGACGGAGACUGCAGAGAAGUCUAGAACCCGCACAGGGACGCGAACCAACCGUAAGCGUCUUCAGCGGCAGGAAGACGAUGGUAAUUACAAAGAUGAUCUGAGACAACAAACCGCCGAGGGCGAACCGAAGACUCGGGCCCGCCAGAGAGGCCCAAGUCGUCGCAAAAUUAAUCGGAGCCAACAGCAACGGAAGGGCCUGGGCGCUAGGCAGAAAGGCCGCAGGCAGCAACAACAACAACAGGCCGCAUUAACGCAGCGACAGGGAAGGACUCAAUUACAGCAGCCUCAGUAUCGUCGUGGAAUCAAAUUUAAUCCUAAAACUAAUAGAAACAGUCUGCCUAUAGGUCCUCAGCCAACAUCGACAAUUAGAAGGGCAUCCAUUACCCUGAUGAGUAUUGUAACAACCACGAAGACCCUUCCGAUAUACCACGGCUUCAGAACGAGCUUUGCCACCAUCACCACUACCGCUGUGGCUACUUCGGUCGUUAAGCCGACAGAAUAUAGUAUCAUUGAGGAAACGAUAACAGCAACUUCAGUUAUCGACGGUGAGCCUAGUUUUGUGGAGCGCCAUAAAACAAAGACUUUAGUAAACCGCAACACGGAAAUCAACCAGGAUAGCACAACUAUUACAGACAUCGUCAUCUCGACCACGGUCUUCGAACAGAUUAGAACCGUUCCAAUUCUGAUAGGUUAUCGAACUCGAACCGAUACUGUGACCGAACUAUCUACCCUAACCCAGCUUCACACGAGCGUCCGGACAAUCUUCCCGGAGCCAACAGCAUCGAUCUGGAAUUAUGCCCAAACCAUCUCGCCAUUCCAACAGACAAAUCCGUUUCUACAAGCGAAUCCAUUUGUUGCUAAUCUCGGCCAAAACCCUGGUCCAAACCUAUUCGCGAACGCCUUUUAUAACCAGCAGCAGCCACGACCGCGGUAUCUCACAAGCACGAUCGUUGCGCCGGCUACAAUAACAACCACGUCCAUUAUACAGGUGAACCUCCGCGGGCGUAAAGUGCUCAAAACGUUGACCGAUACAAAAAUAACGGAGACCACCCAUUUUACGACGUUCGCAAUCCAACCGACAGCAGCUCCGUUAGUAGGAAUCGGCCAAUUGCCCCUGGUUACCUCGCAAUCAGUUGCACCACAGUUCACGACGGAUAUCACACUCGUGGUGACCGACCAGCUUGGCCAGGCUCGGCCUGUUGUCACCCGUGUGGUCCUGCCUAUCCAGCACGGGAAAAACCAGCCAAAUGAUGGCGGCUAUAAUAUCUCACAACGACGGCAGAACUAUAGAAAACGAUACAAAACUACACCACGGAAAGACGCGGUGGAUGACGCCUAUGACGACGAGCCCUUGGAUGAAGUCCUGAGUCCCUCUGAGACCGAGAUCCUGCCAUCUGUGACGACUAUUCUCAAAAGCGAUCAAAGUAAAAUUUAUCAGCAAGAAGCCAGCUCACAUUUAAAAAGGUUAGUCCGAUCAGCAGUGGAUAAGCCAGCUCCGGAAGACGUCUACGUGGGUCGAAAGCUCCUGCAGUUCCAGCAGCGACAGCUAGAACCCAGCUCCAGUUAUUACCUGCCACAGUUCACCAACUAUAACCAUGCCCAAUAUGUAAGCCGAAUUCUACAGUCAUCAAUCGACAACUAUUUCAACCCACCGCAAUAUGACUUCCAACAGUACCAACCAUUCCAACCCUACCACAAUCAGUACCCGUAUAGCGACUAUCCUUAUGAUUAUCACUCACAGGUGCCCGUACCUCCCCAGAACGAUUUCCACCAGCAGCUGGCAGGCUUCCAGCAGUCGUUCAACCCUCCGGCCAUUGAAGACCCAUCGUCACAGCAACAAGCACAGCCACAAGCAGAGCCGCCGCUACCCCAUCAGCCUCCACUUGCCCCCCAACAACAAGAACAUCAACAACAGACCCUGAACGUGAACCACUUCCCGCCUCUUUUGUCGUAUGAUGUCGAUCCCCCGAAAGACGCCAAAGAAGUUCUGGUCCCGAAUAUCCAGGCAAGCCGUCCCUCGAGAUUUAUAGUAAAAAGCUCGAAGUUGAAACGAAAGACCAUCCUUCGAAAGGCAAGGCCCACGCCCACGUUUGAGUUCAACCCGACGACGACAGAGAUUGACACAGCCUCGUACGUGACACCGAUGCGUCUCCGCAAGUCGUCAGUAGUUCGACGUCGUCCUCAGGCAUCCGAAUACCCCGAAGUAAACCCCGAAUUGGCCCGAAUUCCCGUGCUUAGCCCCGCCCCAACUCCCGAAUCGACCUUCGUUGCACAAACUCCCACGCUGAUCCGCAGCUCACGCGUGAUUCCUCGUCAGCGACUGACAUCAGUUGUGAUUCAGUCUAGCCUACCGCAAUAUUUAUUCGAGAGUGCUCAAGUGGAAGAGCUUGUGACGCCUGAGCCAAAAAAGAAGCCCAAAGUCAAGAAGCUGCCGGACGGAACUAGGCGUAUUGUCUCCAGCCGAGUGCAGCCAAAGUUGCCGGUUCCAUUAACGUCUGCUCCACCGGUUACGUUCUACACAACGUUUACCUACUUAACCACGUUUCUGCAUGGAACACAUACUGUUUAUCAAAGCCGUGAGUCCGUUGUGACCUCUAUACAUAGUGGUCAGGUAGAUCCAACAUUAUUGUCGCAGAUCUCGAAUGGUUAUGUCGAUGGAUCAACUGUUCCGGUAAUCACAAAGACCAAGGGUCUGGCUACCACCAUUGUGAAUCUACAAAGUCGACUGCACAUCGCAGGUGACAUUGCGCCAGCAUCCAGCAUAGCGCCGACACCACUGAUAGAGGCCACUUCAGUUACGCCCACAUUCGACCUUGAUCAAUUAGAUAAUGUGAAAAAGACGGUCUACGUGUUACAAACGUUUAUGUACACUGUCGUCGAUGAAGCCGGCGUCACCCACACGUCGUCGAAAACUGAGAUUAAGUCUAACAUUUUAGCUACCCCCACAGGCCUUCUCAAGAUACAGAACACAGAAGAAAUGUCGAUCAGCAAUGGUUACUUGGCGCUCGACAACACCCGCACGGUAAACCUCGCCAACGACGUUCGCAAUGGCAAAACAACAAAAGUUGACCUCUCACUGCGUACCGUUGUCAAGCUGGACAACGUGGGUGACGCCAUCAUUCGCACACAGCCUGCUAGCUUUGAACAUACGUUAGCAAGUAUUGAGCCGUCCGUAACGCAAACUACGACUGAAUACGUACAGGUCACAAGACCUAUUGUUAGCUCAACGGAUAUGACUCGAAAGAAGAUUAAGAUUAAAUCGAUUGUGCGUAAAAGACCGGGGGUACAAACGAGUAUUUUGGAGCCGUCUCAACUGGAGAGCUCGUUCCUGUUUGAAAUUACGCCGGCCUUGACUGAACCAACAGAUUCCUUAACUGAGCUAAUAAGCGUUACAGUUUCACCUACUAAACAAGUGAAGAGACUGAGGGUGACAGUUCGGAAAAAGGCAAGCAAGCUUGUCCGGCCAGUGCCUGAAUCAUCCAGCACCUUCGUUGAUCAGACCUCAGCUACACCUCCUCAGAUCUCGCAACCAUUCCAAGUUGUAACUAAGAGCAACAAGACCAGACUUAAAGCAAGCAAGAUUAUCUCGCGUCGGGUACGACCAUCCGAUCUAAUUCGUCAAUCACCAGUAAUCUCGGUUACUCCUGUGGCUUUUACAACCACGACGCGCCUGCCGAUCGAAGUGUCUGGCUCAACAGAAUAUCGUGACGUUGAAUUGACCACCUAUUCGCUGGUCACCUCAACGAUCACGCCCAGCUUUUUCCCGUCCAGCCCGCAUCUUGCAAGACCUAUACAGUCCUCACCGGUCGUUCUCACCUACUUCACAACAACAACAUACACCAUACCGAUUACUCGUGAUGGGGCCACAACCUAUUCCACGAGUGAGCACACCAACAGCCGCAUAGUGACCCAGUAUCCUGAACCCUCCUCUCUGCAGCCAUCACUUGUACUAGAUGCUGCUCUUGUAAAUGAACUUCAGACCCCACGCAUCUCCGACUUUGAGACAAAGACGAUGUUUACGACUUACACGUAUUAUACAACUUACUUCGUCAAUGGAUCAACAUCGGUAAUCAGCUCUCUGAACGUCAUCUCCAAUACACUUCAAGUUCCACUCCUCUCAAUUCUGCCGACUCCUGCCACUCCUCUGACAAUUCUCAAAACCUCCGAGCGUCUCAAGGUAUCGACGUCAUACAGCACAUUUACGUUCUACGCCACUCUGUUCAACGGCACCUCUUCUCUCGUUACUCCGUUCGAAGAAGUACAAAGUCAGGUGUUCACGCUCACAGAGUCGUUCGUCGUCACACGGACGGUCAGCAUUGCUCCAACAGCGGGUGCUGCUUUGCCAUCUGACAUUUUGCAGAGCGUCCUUCCUGAUCAACCUCCACAAGAACCGGUCAGAUCAACGCAGACCUCCUCAGUCCCGUCCUUUACUCUGUUUACACUUGCACCUGGGUCGACAUCAUCCUCGCGUUCGGGCCCGCUGGUUCCUUCCGUCAAAACUUUCCUCACGACGUUCACCUAUUUCACAACGUUCUUCCGUCAGUCCUCUUCGUAUGUGGUCAGUAAAGAAUCAGUGGUCACGAGCUACGCAACCUUAUUCGUCGACCAGGCAAAACUUAAGCCUACAACGACAAAGCGACCUGUCAGCACUACAACGAAGCUCGAUCCACGAGUCCCGUACACAACCUACACAUCGUAUACCACUUAUACGUUCUACACGACAUUGUUCGGUGGCAAAGACAAGAUCGUCAUCUCGAGCGAGCAGAUUGUGCCUCAGGUGGUCACUAUGCGGUUGGAUGGAUCUACAACCAAGAUCACUCCUACGACAACCCAGUAUUCCACCUACACCGCUCCACCUGUCACGGACGACCUCGUCCCCUCAACGGAGACUCAAGAAGUUCGCAAACCACUGGUUACAGUGACUUCAAUGUCUUCGCCAUCAGCUUCGUUCUUCUCUCCAUCGUCGACCACUACUACCAGUACGUACGAAGUUGUUAGUCGUCCAACGGAGACCACCAUGACAGCACUAUCGGAAACGAGCACUGUUACAUCUUCCACAACCGAACGAGCUGUUGAAACAACGACAACCCUGUUUACCAUACCAACUGUUGCACUGCCAGAAAUUAUCAUCCGGGACGACAAACCCACAGUGUCACUUACCAAAAAAUCAUCCACAGUCACGUCAACGGCUCCGCUCACUACCUUACCACAUACCCAAACAUUGAUCCUGUCAAGCUCAACCAGAUUCUUCGGGAGAGAUCGGCGACUCACACAUAUUGGAUCUGGAAGUAUACUGUUCCUUAUUACUGGUCAAGAUGGACUUCUCACCCGAUCACAGGGUCUUACCGCGACAGCCAGUGCAACGAUUGCUACUACUGCCAUCGAGCCGACAGCGACGACGACAACGACAACGACGACGGCGACAACGACGACGGCGACAACGACGACGGCGACAACGACAACGACGGCGGCGACGACAACGACCACCACCACUGUCGGGGCAACUCAGAUUGCGCCGUCGAAUACUCAGCCUGGGACAAUCCUUGACCUCACCGACAUCCUUGGCGGUAAGGGAGGUAAGCUUGGCGAGGCAAUCAAAGGUAUUGUCAAUCUAUUCAACACGAAGAACACGACGACUAAUCCCGAUGCUGCCACUAGCCAAAUCAGUCGGAAAGACUCUUCUCUACCUGCUGGACCAGUCAUGGUGUCGAGCCAAGAACCUGUGUUCAUUCCGCUUAGUCCCGUUCUCGAUAUUUCCAGUUUCAUCAAACCUGCCGCUACUUCAGCCAGCAUAGCGCCAACAAGUGUGCACUCUAAGCUUACCCCGAUCUAUAAACCUGACGAAACGAAAGAAGGAAAAGGGCUCCACAUUUCCCGUGAGAAGCUUAUGUCCGAUAUAUCAAAGGCCAUGACAAAGGCAACAUCUGCCCAGACGUCUACAGUGGCGUCCAAAAGCAUCAUCCCCUCAAAGACAACUGGUUUUGAGACGACGCCUUUGGAGAGCGUAUCGGUCAUCGUUGGGGCGGAAACAAUCUUUUUCGAUGAGGGUACAAGUACUGAGCUUGCGGAUAGCACGCGUGAAGCAACGGAGGUUUCCACUUCGACCACUGGAAUCCAUCCAACGUUUGUACAGACCGUUGGAUCUGCACCCGCAACGGUCAGUCCUAGUCCCGAGGUUUCUGUGGAGAUCUCACAUGAGUCUUCAGUGGCGCCCAAAUACGAGGUGCAAGCCCAAUCUUCAAUCGUUGUUCAGCCUACAGCAAGUAGCAGUCCAGUUGAAAGCAUUGUUUCCGAAAGCAGCAUUCGGCCAAGCAGACCAACAAUUUACUUCCAGGUAUCUUCAACUGCGACCACCCCCGGUCCUAAACCGGUUAGCGAGGUGGAUUAUGGUGGAGUCAAAGUGUUCAUUGCCGGUCGCGGCAGCAGAAAACCUGUUGAACCUGUUAUCAAGCCGGAGAAUCCACAAACAACUAGAAAGCCCCUUCCUAAUAUCUUUAAGGUCGGAACUCGAAAAGGUCCAGGUACAACGACCAAGCCUCCCUACACCGGCCCUAAAGUUAAGAUCAGCUUCCCCAAACCGCCUCCUGCCGCUAGCGAUAUCGGACAAACUAGUGACGACUUCAACGACAUCUUCAGCGCUUUCCAGCCGUUUAAUAGCACGAUCAAAGAGCAACCGGACGGACCCACCCCAACGCCUCUCUGCUAUCCGAGUUGCGACAGUUCCCGGCACGAAACCUGCGCGCCUAAUCCAUCGAAGUCCGCUCGCAACAAAUACAUUUGCGUUUGUCGUCCUGGCUAUACAAGGGAUCCCGAUGGUACAUCUAAUCGUUGCAUUGCCUCACAAACGUUCCUUCUGCCCGUUCAUCUUAUUCGGGCAUCAUCGAAAGGAUCUGCCCACUCACAAAUGCCGCGGCUUCUGCAUGCCCUCAAAGUUUCGCUUGAACAGAUGUACAGCGACCAUCUUGGCUUCCCCAAGGGAUCCUUGCUUGACGCCAAAAUCAACUCGGUUCAGAAGGUCACCAACUAUCAAAACGAAUCUUCUCUGGCCCUCACUCUGGUACUAUCACAAAGAGCCUCCAACGCGGACAUAUCGUUACCGUUGCUUUCGGAGCAGCUGACUCGAAGCGCUUCGGCUCUUAAUGCCUCGCUUGUAUCGUUGCAAUCGCCCUUCUUACUACUGGCGUCCGCUCCUAUUGAAGCACUUCAGGAUCUUGAUGAGUGCACUUUUGCUGAUCUUAACGAUUGCAGCUACUACGCUCGAUGUAUAAAUGUACCGGGCUCAUUCCACUGCGAGUGUAAAUCGGGCUACCAGGAUCUGGACGUGGAUUCUCCCGGCAGAACUUGCUCGUCGGAAAUCAAGAACUGCCAGUUCUGCAGUGCUCGAGGAAGCUGCAUUUUGGGUAUUGACAAUGGCAUCGAGAAGACUACCUGUCGCUGUAAUACGAUGUACCUUGGAAGACGCUGCGAGAUUAACGGAUUAGUAUUAGCUAUAGCACUUCCAAUCGCGUUGUCCUUGCUCACCGUGACGGUGUGCUGUUCGGUCAAACGCUGUAGGCCACGAUAUCGAUCCGCGACUGUCAAACCUCCAUUGCCACCAACGAAAAUUGCCAUGGCCUAUCCAGGUGGCGGAUCGUUGCUAGCGUCAUCUGAUAAAGGGCAUUCCGAUAAGACCCAGAUGAUAAGUGACAGCUCAAGCGAGGGCGAAACUAGUCAAGGUGGCGAUCCGCAUGGCUGGCACGGACAUGGCCAUCACCCACACAGCCACCACGGACCCAUUGAUGGUCGUCACACACAGAUGUCGUCCGGAGGCUACAGUGGUUACGGGGACAGUCUAGCUGAAACGCUUUCGGCACACCCGCUCCCAUCAAUAGUAAUUCCACGAGUCCGGCCUAAGCUUCCUGCACGACAACGGUGAACAAAACGGUGCAGGAGCCUUGGAAAGUACGCAACAUAAAGCAUAAAUUCGAAGCAUAAAUUAUGAAAAAAAAGGUCAACUCCCAUUCCCCCCAAAAUUUAGUUGUCGAAAAGGGAUGGCAUGUGGACUGAACAAAGAUUAUAUAACCAGUCUAUUUAUUUCGCUGUUUGCUUCUCAUGGCAACAGCUUCACUACACAAUCUAAACGCACCGUACAACCAUAUCAGGACAAGAGAGAAGAGAUGUGGAAGUUCAAAAAAAUCAGAGAAACUGUUUCUGUCGUGCAAGUGUUGUCCUUUCGUUGAAAGACGCGUUCUCGCUCUAGAUAUUGAGCAUGGCUACGUUGAUUUUACACAUAGAAGCAGCCCAACUAUUAUACUUUGCAUGGAAUAAACGCGAAAAUUUCAGAUAGACGGAUGGAUAAAAAGUGAAACGGGUCGAGAAUGAUCAUUAUCUCCGUGUUAUACAACGGUGUCAUAAGCGACUGCUGUCGCAGAAAAAAAUUGCACUCGAUGAAAGCUAACUUAUUGCGCUACCCGUUAUAUAAAAGAUAUAACGCCUAAGGCAAAAAGUGAAACGUAAGUGAAACGUAAGUGAAACGUAAGUGAAACGUUGAUAACAACAUAAGCGAACGCUAGGUAACAAUAGUUUCGUUAUAUGCGAUGCUAUCGCGAAAAUAAGGGAGCCAUUGCUUUGUUCUUAUUGCCAACACCUCCCGACAGGCGGCUCUGCAGACUGCGCAGAUACGUAUCGUCUGCGACGCGUAGUUUGGUUCGUUUACUCCCAUGUGGGCCUGUUCUUAAGUUAAUAGUAUCCUUAAAUAUAUAUAUUUAAGGAAUAAUUAAUGUAAUAUCGACGCUUUCUCGGCGAGGAACUAAGAAAACUCCUAACAGAAAUAUAAGCAUCUGAUGAUGCGACUCUUUUUUUUACCCAACAACUGACGAAGACAGUAGCAGAUAGGCUCUCCUCACCGUUGAAUACAUAUUGCGUACAACAAACUUUCAGUGGCGCCUACUAACUACCAAGCUCACUGUGUUUAAUUACAAAUUAGUAGCCGAAUACGUAAGGUGCGAUUAUAACGCAGUCCUAUUAACAAAUUAUGACGCUUGGUGACUGACGAAAGGGUAAGACUAUGUAAUAGCAAGUCUGAGGGAAAAUUUAAGCAAAACUAUCAGCACUUAACUGUCACUCUAAUCGAAGACAGACGACAGCUUUCGGAAGUCGAUGAGACAUUUAUAGACAAAGAAUGGAUAGCAAAAAAAAAAAAAAAAACAGAAAAGGAAA